ACAGCUAGAAAGAACGCGCACGUAUAAUUUAUAAGAAAUUUAAUUAUUUAACCAUUUAUGGCACCUUAAUCGAAUUCAAUUACACAGCCCCGCGUGUGUGUGUGUAGCUGCAUCUGUGGGCAGGCAGGGGCCCGCCCUGGUCGUGUCAAAUUGGCGUGAAAUCGGUAGUAAACUCACACAGUGGCCAAAUCGAAAAAGCUCUCUUCCGCGGUUGUAUGUUGUAAAUCGGCCCAAAUCGUUGUAGUUGUAGUUGUAGUAAUUCUGCAUAUAGACUGACUCAGGGGUGCGGCGCGGGUGUGGAAGUGUGUUGUUGCAGUGCUGCGUUUCUAUGUUGCGGCAUUUUAAUGACGAAAAUAUUUUUGGAUAAGUGUUUAAUGAGAGCAGCAGCCAUCGCAUCGGCAGAAUGGAAAGUGAACGGUUACGUAUAACGCUGGACAAUCCCGACGGGAUCUACUUUGCCGGCGACAUCAUACGCGGCGAGAUCUGGAUGAAUGUGAACAAGCGCACAAAGAUUCGCGCCAUUAAAAUCCAAGUAACUGGCAAAGGAAAAUGCAAAUGGAUGGAAAUACUGCGCAAAAACUCCAACAACAAUGAGUACACGCGCAGUUUGUUCUACACCAGCAAGGAGAUAUACGAGCACAGUGAGACGCCACUGCCGGACUUCGAGCCACGCGGCCUGGAGCUCUCCGCCGGCGAGCAUACGUUCAUCUUCAAGGUGGCGCUGGGCAGGCAGCUGCCAUCCAGCUUUAAGGGCAGCUACGGCAGCAUAAAGUACAAGAUGCGUGUGCUGAUACAGCGGCCCUGGACGUUCGAUGAGCGGCACAACAUACACUUUACGGUGGUCAAGAACAUGCCGCUGCAGGCGAUGCAACGCAGUGUGCCGAGUCCUCUGGAGAAGCAGAUAACCAAGACGAUCAGUCUGUUUGGCACACGUCCCAUCACGAUGGUGGCCCUGCUGCCCGAGGAUUUUGCGGUGCGCGGCGAACCGCUGCGCAUCUGCGUCACCGUCAUGAACAACAGCACGACGAACGUGGAGAAGCUGCGCUUCAGUGUGCUCCAGUAUGUGACGUACUACAGCCAUGUGCCGCUGCGCGUGCAGAAGGUCGAGUGCAUUGCCAUUGCCAACAAGGAGACGGGCUCCGUGCAGAAGAAGAGCGAGAGGAGCUUUGCCCACGAGCUGCUCAUGCCCGAGGGAGCCCAACCGACGGACGAUCAUCUGAGCGGCGUCAUCACCAUUGUCUACGAGCUGCGCGUGGAGGCGGUGCUGCGGGGAUUUUUCAAGAAUUUGGUGCUAAAUCUGCCCUUCAAAGUCUACUCGCAGGAUGCCUCAAACCGUCAGGGAUCGAUGCGUCCAACGCCCCCACCACGGCCCGAGAAUGGUCCGCCCGGACCCGAUGCCAACGGAACGUUUGGCAAUCCAUUUGAGCCCGCACCACCCACCGGAGCCCUGCAGGUGUAUCCCUCGCUGGACUCGUCGAUUGGCUCGCCCUCGCGCUCCUCACAGUUCAGCGAAUGCAGCAGCCUCAACUCCACCACCUCCGAUUCGUCGACGGCCACACUGAGUCCCGCCGUGGGCGGUGUGGAGCUGUCGUACACGUCGGGCGGUUCGCAAUCCUCGCAAUAUGGCUCGCAGUUUGGCAGCCCCUCGGCGAGGGUCAGCCUGCGCAGCUCCAAUGUGCCCUAUAUGCCUUAUUCGUCCAGUCCGUCGAUGGUGCAAUCAUAUCCGCCACCGCAUUUGCCAUCCUACCCGCUGCCAGAGUCGCCACAGUACUCGCUGCUGGCGCUGACGCCGCCACCACCAAUGGCCCCACCCACACCACAGCCCGUGGCAGUGUCAGCUCCAGCGCCGCCGGUCAGUGGCUACAGUCAACUGCCAUCCACGGCAUCAUCGUCUUCGUUUCUGCAGCCACGACAGCCGCCAGGCGUGCACGAGUUGCCACCAUCCUAUGAAGAGCUCUUUGGUCAGGCCCAUGCCCCCUCGGAGACGGCAGCGUGAGGCCUGAGGAGCCUUUCGCUGCGACAACCCAGUUACGUCCAAGCUUUGCCUAGAUAUUAGAGCUUCAGGUUUACUUUAAUAGUGUUAUCGAAUAUCAAUAUAUCGAAUAUAUAUCAUAGACAACAAUCGAACAAAUAAGGCAAUUUGUGCGCACAAUUAUGUGUAAUAUGUUUUGAAUUUAAGGCUUUGAAUUUACACCAAAUUAGUUGGCUAAAGAGAUCCUUUUUUUUGGCAUUGAUAUAUAAUUUUGUAUAUCUUUAAUUUGAACUAUUUUGUUGUAUAUUUGGGUUCGCGCAUUUGUUAGCAUUCGUUUUUGGUUACAAGGCAAAUAAUUUGUGCAAUUAUAAUGUUUAAAAUUAGCGUUUCACUUCUGUAUCUUUAUUUAUGAGUGAAUAUUUGUUACAAAUUAAUAGUUAUAAUAUUUCAUGGAAGUUAUAAAACUCUGUUCAAAAUUCUGUCAUCAAAAUACUUGAAAUAUUCAAAGCAAAUUAACUCGAACUCAUAAAUGCGGUGAAAUAUUUUAAACAAAAUUCCCAAAACAUUGCACAGGCCAUCGAAUUUAAUGCAAUUUUCUUGUGCAAAUAUAAAAUCUAAAAAAAUGAAGUGAAAAAUAUCUCAAAUGUGUGCGCAAGGCAACGAAUUGAAUGACAAUUUCUUAAGCAAAUAUAAAAAUAUUUCUCAAACGUCACAUUAAAUUUCUUAGAAAUAUUUCUCAAUAUUAUUUGCAUACAUUUAUUUGUUCAAAUUGUUUGCCUUUAAUUUGUUUGCUUAGAUCGAGAGCUUCGAAUGCCAAACGAGUAUAAAGAAUCCUUAUUAAUUUAUCAAAAAUGUAGUGCACAAAAAUAGAUAGAAAACCACAUAAAUAGCAUACAAAUUAGGCAACAAAUUAAUAACAUUAAAAUGUCUAUGAACAAAUUAUGAAAGUGAAAACAUUGUCUAUGAACAAAUUUUAAAUUAAUUGAAAUUAAAAUAUUCAAAUUAACAACAGAAGUAUUUGGUUGAGCUCUAAAAACUUCCUACAAUCAAACGAAUUUUAGUAUUGAAAUAUUUUAACACAAAAAGUCUGUCCCUUGGUUCUCGAAUGCCGCCCACACCGCCCCUUCCUUCGGACAGCCAAAUAAACGAAAGACUUUCACGGGAUAUUUUAUCACUCACUACUCAAAACAUCUAGCCCGCCUAUUUAACUAAUCAUUUUUUACAUUUUUAUACAACAUAAAUCUAUCCAAAGAUACUGAUUUUCU